GUUUAUUUUCCGCUAAAACGUUCAGUAAAUGUAACCCGUGAUGUUCGCCCUCGCAAGAAGGCAGCAGUUCAUGCUUGACACUGUUUUUCUUUAGGUUGUGCUGUUGCGCACAUAUUUAACGGACGUGCGUCUUUUCGUUUUGGUCUUUACACAUAUUUAACGGACGUGCGUCUGGUCGUUUUGGUCUUUAUUGAUGGACAACAUUAAUCGUUAAUUGCGCUGAACGUCUAAUGUCGAUCUAAAGCAGCCCGCAGGAGGUGAAGCGGAUUCCUCUGGAGCCCUCCCGCAAUUAUGGCGUCCGGAUAUAGGUACGGGUCGCGGACCAUAGGCAAAGAUGAUGUGAACUACAGGAUGCAUUUCCGUAUGAUCAACGAGCAGCAAGUGGAGGAUAUUACUCUGGACUUUUUCUAUAAGCCGCACACAAUAACACUGUUAACAUGCACAGUGCUCAGCUUGAUGUAUUUCGCAUUUACAAGGUAAGUGAAGUGGCUAGCCAGCUGACUACCGGUAGUUAACAUUAGCUAGCUAUAUGCUCUUUUGGCUAACGUUACUGACUAGGCCAACUGCCAGAGCAGCUAAGUGAAUGUUUAUGCAGUUGAAAAGUAAUUUAGCUCGCUAGUAUUUCCGAACAUUGACAUGUGUAACUAAGGUUUUUCGAUUAAGUAGCUAGCUAACUAACGACAUGUAGUUAACUACCUAGCUAGUUUAAGUUAUCUGGUGCAGGACUGACCAGCUGGCUCCUCUUUUCUCUCGAAUGAAGGAGAAUGUUUCAUUUGCGUGUUUACAAUGUAGCAAGUGGGCUGAUUUUAUUUGCUUUUUGUAGCUACAUUGUGGCAAAGUGCCACGUUUGUAUCUUUUCUAUACUGUGGGGAAGGAUCUCCCAUCCUGGUGGUCCAUUGUUAUCUGCAACAUGCAUCUAGCCAUUUCCUACAUCAUGGGUGUGUUCAGUUCGAAUAAACAAUUGCUACGUUGCGGAACAGUUUGCAUUGAACGUUAUUGAACAGUCUUUGAGGUACUUUUGCGAAGUUUGUUGGGUGUGGCAGGCUGUGGUUGAAGCAAUGAGUGACGUAUUUAAAGGAGAGCAGUGCAUUUUGAACUCACAACCCAACCCCUCCCGUUUUCAAUUGGUCGUUCGUACUGCACCGUUUCCACUACGUUUUUGCGUACUGAAUGCAGUCCGUGAUGCACAGCUUGUCUGUGCCCAAAUGGCAUCCUAUUCUUUUAUAGCGCCCUGGUCAAAAGUAUUGCACUAUAUGGAAUGGGGUGCCAUUUGGGACAAAUCCCUUAUCUGCUGCUCUCAUCAAGAGUGGUUUAUCCCCAAUAACCAAAUGGAGUGGGGGGUGUCAGGAGUAGGUCAAUCGGCACUGAUGAGUGAAUUAAUCAUCUCAGUCCUCUCACUGAUCUUUAAUAACUGUGAUUGAAGGAGAGCACAGUAUAGCAGGCUAUGUGGGGACAGAGGUGGAAUAGAAUUUGCGUUUCAAAGCCACCUGUCCCAUCAGUGCAUCAGUUUUAUAACUGUUUUUAUCUCACUGACUCUGAAAUGUCUUAAUGCUGGUUUUGGUGUGCGUUAGUAAUCCCUGCCUCUUGUUAUUUAGGGACGAGACAAACGAAGACGCUAACUUGUGGGUGGGCCUCAUCCUGACCAUCUCCUUCUUCCUGGUCAUCAGUGUUCUGGCCUUCCCUAACGGUAAGGACAAUGUUGUCCAAUUUGUAAGUCGCUCUGGAUAAAUGACGUAAAUGUCCAAGCUGCUUCGGACAUCAAUGGCACCCUAUUCCCUAUAUAGUGCACUACUUUUGACCUGGGCUGUGGUAAAUGGGCUCUGGUCGAAAGUAGUGCACUAUAUAGGGAAUAGGGUGCUAGGGUAACCGGUGUGAAAUGGCUCGCUAGUUAGCGGUGCGCGGUAGUAGUGUUUCAAUCGGUGACAUGUUGUUGUUUUUUUGUCAUUUUUUAGCAGACGCUCUUAACCCUAAUUGCUCCUGUAAGUCGCUCAGGAUAAGUACCUUGCUUAAGGGCACAUCAACUGAUUUUUCACCUAGUCAGCUCUGGGAUUAGAACCAGCAACCUUUCGGUUACUGGCACACAACGCUCUUAACCACUAAGCUACCUGCCGACAUCACUCGCGUUGAGAUUUGAAGUAGUUGUUUCCCUUGCUCUUCAAGGGUCGCGGCUUUUGUGGCGCCAUAAGUAAUGAUACUUCGAGGGUGACUGUUGUCUGUGUUCAGAGGGUCCCUGGUUCAAGCCCAGGUUGGGGUGAGGAGAGAGACCGAAGCAAAACUGUUACACUAGGUCCUGGUAAAAAGGUUGUGCACUAUUUACAAGGCUGGUACAAUAAUAUGUUGAGAUAAAAAUGUUGUAUGUGUCAGACAUCUCAACAUGUCAUUGUACCAGCCUUGGAACUCUUCUGUGUGGCUGAAGUUGUUGAUUUCAAUAUUUUUUGACAUCUCUCUCUAGGACCAUUUACCAGACCACAUCCGGCGAUAUGGCGAAUAGUUUUCGGUGAGUGACAUUUUAAGUGACAAAUAUAACAAUCCCUUUUUUGUAUAGGCUUAGGCCUAGCUACCAUUCCAGUUAACUUUGAAUGAGCUUAACCAUUAAUUAUCCACCCAAUUCAUGAGAGUUGGUGCUUUCUCUAGGUUUCUUUAUAGGUUCCUUCCUUCUAGGGAGUGUUUCCUGUUUCCUGGCCGCUGUGCUUCUGCUUCGGUUGCUUUUUGGGGUUUAGGCCCAUUUUGUGACAACUGUUGAUGUAAAAAGGGCUUUAUAAAUUGAUGGAUCCAAUUCUGCCCUGAUUGAAUGAGAUUCCGCCUAAUCUGUUAUCUCUCUGUUAUUCUCUGGUCAGGUCUGAGUGUGCUAUACUUCCUGUUCCUGGUGUUCAUCAUCUUUCUGAACUGGGAGCAGGUGAAGAACGUCAUGUACUGGCUCGACCCAAACCUGCGCUACGCCACCCGGGAGGCUGACAUCAUGGUGAGUAAACAGCAGCCUUGCUCUCCUAUCAGUCUCUGUGGCUGCAUCCCAACUCACCCUAUUCCCUAAACAGUGCACUACUUUUCACUAGAGCCGUGGUCAAAACUAGUGCACUAUAAUAGGGGAAUAGAAUUCCAUUUGGGACGCAACCUUUCUUUACUAUCAGUUUCUUAUCUCUUAGCUAUCAGUCUCUUUGUUAGCACAUUGACCUCGGCUACUUCCCGAUUCUCCACCGUUCUCCUGAAGUGCACGCUUGCACACUUCCCGUCAUGCCUUUUAACAAUGGUGAAACUCCCUCCAGCCAAUACUUCAAGUCUACUCUUUGGGGGAAAAGGAUGAAGAAACGGGAUCCUCUUCUAGCACCAACACUCACUUCCUCAUGCUGUUGUUCUGAAUGGAUGUUGUUGAUGUCGUCUCUGGUCCCUGUGCUCUGCUUGUAGGAGUAUGCAGUGAAUUGUCACGUGAUCACCUGGGAGCGAAUCCUGAGCCACUUGGACAUCUUUGCCUUCAGUCACUUCUGGGGCUGGGGCAUGAAGGCCCUGCUCAUCCGCAGCUACGGUCUCUGUUGGACCAUCAGCAUCACCUGGGAGCUCACUGAGGUACGCACGAACACACACACACACACACACACACACACGUACGAACACACACACACACAAAAGGAGUUAAUUCCUCUCCCUCUCCCCCUUUUCUCUCCUCUCCUCCUCAGCUGUUCUUCAUGCACCUGCUGCCUAACUUUGCUGAGUGCUGGUGGGACCAGGUGAUCCUGGACAUCCUGCUGUGUAAUGGAGGAGGCAUCUGGAUGGGCAUGACUGUCUGUCGCUUCCUGGAGAUGAGGACCUAUCACUGGGCCUCCAUCAAGUAGGUACCCAUAAUCCUAACCCUACCCCUUGGCCUGUAUCAAGUAGCCCACCCUAACCCUACCACUGGGCCUCCAUCAGGUAGGUCCUCCUAACCCUACCACUGGGCCUCCAUCAGGUAGGUCCUCCUAUUCCUACCACUAGGCCUCCAUCAGGUAGGUCCUCCUAACCCUACCACUGGGCCUCCAUCAGGUAGGUCCUCCUAACCCUACCACUGGGCCUCCAUCAGGUAGGUCCUCCUAACCCUACCACUAGGCCUCCAUCACGUUCUCCCGAGUGGCACAGUGGUCUAAGGCACUGCAUCGCAAUGCUAGCUGUGCCACUAGAGAUCCUGGUUCGAAUCCAGGCUCUGUCGUAGCUGGCCGCGACCGGGAGACCCAUGGGGCGGCGCACAAUUGGCCCAGCGUCGUCCAGGGUAGGGGAGGGAAUGGCCGGCAGGGGAUGUAGCUCAGUUGGUAGAGCAUGGCGUUUGCAAUGCCAGGGUUGUGGGUUCGUUUCCCACAGGGGGAAAAAUAUAUAAUGUAUGCACUAACUGUAAGUCGCUCUGGAUAAGAGCGUCUGCUAAAUGACUAAAAUGUAAAAUGUAAUGUAGGUCCUCCUAACCCUAUCACUGGGCCUCCAUCAGGUAUGUCCUCCUAACCCUAUCACUGGGCCUCCAUCAUGUAGGUCCUCCUAACCCUAUCACUGGGCCUCCAUCAGGUAUGUCCUCCUAACCCUAUCACUGGGCCUCCAUCAUGUAGGUCCUCCUAACCCUAUCACUGGGCCUCCAUCAGGUAUGUCCUCCUAACCCUAUCACUAGGCCUCCAUCAUGUAGGUCCUCCUAACCCUAUCACUGGGCCUCCAUCAGGUAUGUCCUCCUAACCCUAUCACUAGGCCUCCAUCAUGUAGGUCCUCCUAACCCUAUCACUGGGCCUCCAUCAGGUAUGUCCUCCUAACCCUAUCACUGGGCCUCCAUCAUGUAGGUCCUCCUAACCCUAUCACUGGGCCUCCAUCAGGUAUGUCCUCCUAACCCUAUCACUAGGCCUCCAUCAUGUAGGUCCUCCUAACCCUAUCACUGGGCCUCCAUCAGGUAUGUCCUCCUAACCCUAUCACUGGGCCUCCAUCAUGUAGGUCCUCCUAACCCUAUCACUGGGCCUCCAUCAGGAACACUACAUGGUCACAAGCAUUUCGCUACACCCACUAUAACAUCUGCUAAACACGUGUAUGUGACCGAUUUGAUGGCCAUAAGUAUGUGGACACCCGCUCAUCGAACAUCUCAUUCCAAAAUCAUGGGCAUUAAUAUGGAGUUGGUCCUCUCAGAAACAAAACAGUAUGGAAAUUGAGUUCUCACAUUUUACAUUUACAUUUUAGUCAUUGAUCAGAUGCUCUUAUCCAGAGCGACUGACAGUUUAGCUUUAGUUUAGUAUUAUCAGGCCUGUUGCUCGGUAACGAGGUGGACUUGAAUUAUUUAUGUAAUGGCAUUGUUUUCAUCCUAGUUAGCUGUGUGUUACUAUAGCAACAUAGUACUUAUCUUAUUGUAUGUCUGUCCACAAGCCUUUUUAACUCUUCUGCCCUGGUGUGUGUGUGUGUGUGUGUGUCUACCUGUCCAGGGACAUCCACACCACCACAGGGAAGAUCAAACGUGCUGCGCUCCAGUUCACCCCGGCUAGCUGGACCUACGUCCGCUGGUUUGACCCCAAGUCUUCCCUGCAGCGCGUCACUGGGGUCUACCUCUUUAUGAUCAUCUGGCAGGUAUUUCCCUAGUUUCAAACGUAGUGCGCUACUUUAGGGCCGUGGUCCAAAUCUAUCUGACCUGACCUGACCGGGGUUAGAAGUUGGCACUAGGUAUAUGGGGAGUUCUGCCUGGCGUGUCCAUACUAACAACUCAUCACUUAAAGAGUGAAAGACUAGCCGGAUGACACGUGACUGGGUGGACAGUUUCUGGACUGGGGACAGCACCACACUGUGGGGUGGAUGAAUAAGCUCCAGUGCUUUCCAUCAUUAACCCAGGGUUGUAUUCAUUAGGGAACACCGUAGCACAACAGUUUUGCAAUGGAAAAUGAAAAGGAGCAUUUGUUGUUGGACAGGUUUUGGUAGUCCCUCCCUGUUUUAGUCCGUUGUCUUCUGUUUGUUGCCUAAUGAAUACCACCCCAGGUCCCAGCCAGAGAGCCCACCAUAGCUGCCAAUACUCCUUCACCCCCCCCUUCAUCCUCAAUACUGGCUGCCAUGGCGAUGAAAAGCUGCACUGCUUCUCUGCUUUUUGUGUGGUGGUGAAAUGGCAUAGUCUUUCUCCUCUCCCUCGCUCUGUCUCCCGUUCCCAACACUCUAGGGGGCUUAAAAUAGUAAUUACCCUGUCUGAGAGAGUAGCAUGGAGAGGGGUGGGUGAGUAGGGGGGAGGGUACAUAGUUUGAGUGAGUACGGGGAGGGGAGAGCGAGGGUUGAGUGAGAGGGAGGUGGGUGGGGGGGUGGGUGAGUGAGUGGGGAGAGAGCGAGGUUAGUAGGGGGAGAGCGAGGUUAGGAGAGGUUAGUAGAGGGGGAGAGGGGUUAGUAGAGGGGGAGAGGGGUUAGUAGAGGGGGAGAGGGGUUAGUAGAGGGGUUAGUAGAGGGGGAGAGGGGUUAGUAGAGGGGGAGAGGGGUUAGUAGAGGGGGAGAGGGGUUAGUAGAGGGGGAGAGGGGUUAGUAGAGGGGGAGAGGGGUUAGUAGAGGGGGAGAGGGGUUAGUAGAGGGGGAGAGGGGUUAGUAGAGGGGUUAGUAGAGGGGGAGAGGGGUUAGUAGAGGGGGAGAGGGGUUAGUAGAGGGGGAGAGGGGUUAGUAGAGGGGUUAGUGGGGAGUGUAGAGCCUCAGGAGACUCAGCAGUAGCUACAGUUUAUCUGCUCUCUCUCCAGAGGGCCUCUAGACAGGCUCAGGGCCAAAUAACAGACUACCUCUACACUAUGAGACACACACACACACACACACACACACACACACACACACACACACACACACACACACACACACACACACACACACAGGCUCAGGGCCAAAUGACAGCGUAAUGAGAAAGUCUGGUUCCAGUCUCUUCAUUAUACUCUACUGUGGAUAAUGAGGAGCACAGGGUCAAACUGGGUGGGUGGGUCCAAACGUUGACAUGGUUCAGGUUUGUAUUGUACAGCUAGGCUAUGUAUUCUACUUACCCCUCUCUCCCCCUAUUUUUCUAGGCGCACAGCCGCUCCUAAAUAAAAAUGACAGGUCACACAGCAAAAUAUAUAAGCUCGUAUGCGAGUAAAAUGGUGGCCCUGUAGAGCCCUGUGGGGAUUGCAGUCUCUGUUGUCGUGAUGGUGUCGGUGAGAACUCCAGUGAUAACGCUCCAUCUCUCCGUUUCUCCAUAGUUGACAGAGUUGAACACAUUCUUCCUGAAGCACAUAUUUGUGUUCCCGGCGUGCCACGCCCUCAGCUGGUGUCGAAUCCUCUUCAUCGGCAUCAUCACAGCUCCCACCGUGAGGUAGGAAACUCACCCCUCGCCUUGGCUGAUCUACUCCCUCUCCGCUGUUCCUCCCCCCUCUCUCCGCUGUUCCUCCCCCCUCUCUCCGCUGUUCCUCCCCCCUCUCUCCGCUGUUCCUCUCUCCGCUGUUUCUCCCCCCUCUCUCCGCUGUUCCUCUCCGCUGUCCCCCCCCUCCUCUGCCCCCCCCCCUCUCUCCGCUGUUCCUCCCCUCCCCCCUCUCCGCUGUUCCCCCCUCUCCCAAUCUGCCCCCCUUCCUCUUCUACUUAACCCUUUCCAAACCAGUCUUUGGAAAACUAAUCAGUCAUACCAUCAGAGUUUGUCCAACAGCAGGACAACAUCAGAGAUCUUCUUCCAUCUCAACAUGUCUAGAGUUAAUGGCUAUGAGAGGACAGUGCUGUGUCUGUGGUGAACUGGUUCACGUCUGUCUUUACAUCCUGUAUUGGUCCUGACCUGUUCUGUUGUUUUUCUCCCUGUGUGUUUCAGGCAGUAUUAUGCCUACCUCACAGACACACAGUGUAAACGGGUUGGGACACAGUGCUGGGUGUUUGGGUGAGUGUUGUUUCAUUAGCUACUACCAUGACAACAGUAGAUUAUGUUUAAGGAAAUAAAGCUGUAUACUCUGAUCUCUCCCAUGUACACCAAUAAACUACAAUACACAUUCACGGCUGCAAUAGCUAACUGUCAGGUAGAUUAUUUACCUUUGGUCAACAACUGAACAGAGCUCUUUGACAGUCAGGUUUCUGCUGUUGGGCGGUGUAGUUGUAUGUAAACUGUAGCAGUGUGAGGGUGAAGAGCUGGGGGCAGGAGAUGGAGGCUAGGUUGUUGUGAAUGUUAACUGCUCUUCAACAUCAUGUAGGACUGAGGCACAGUAGUUGGAUAGGGCUGUACACACACACACACACACACAGAGACAGACACACACACACACACAGACACACACACACAGACACACACACAGCCUGGCAUUGAAGCACUACUUAACAAUGGCCUCCAUUAUCCUUCAGCUAAACCCUGAGUAUUAAAGACUGGACAUAUUAAAGUCAUUACUAAGGCACAUGGUGUAGGAAUGUGUAGGGUAGAACACUCUAUAAUACUCUAAUCACUGAGUCAGUAGAUGUGUGUAUUCUGAGUGUUAUUGAUGUUGUAUCGAUACUUGUCACAUGUACGGAAUAGAACAGGUGUAGACCUUACCGUGAAAUGCUUACUUACAAGCCCUUAACCAACAAUGCAGUUCAAGAAAUAGAGUUAAGAAAAUAUUUACUAAAUAAACUAAAGUAAAAAAUACAAUAAAAAGUAAUACAAUAAAAUAACAAUAACGAGGCUAUAUACAUUGGGUACCGGUACCGAGUCAAUGUGCAGGGGUACAGGUUAGUGAAGGUAGUUUGUACAUGUAGGUAGGGGUAAAGUGACUAUGCAUAGAUAAUAAACAGCGAGUAGCAGCAGUGUAAAAACAAAGGGGAGGGGAGGGGAGGGGGGGGGGGGGGGGGGGGGGGGGGGGGGUUGGUCAAUGUAAAUAGUCCGGGUGGACAUUUUAUUAAUUGUUCAGCAGUCUUAUGGCUUGGGGGUAGAAGCUGUUAAGGAGCCUUUUGGACCUAGACUUGGCGCUCCGGUACCGCUUGCCGUGCGGUAGCAGAGAGAACAGUCUAUGACUAGGGUGGCUGGAGUCUUUGACAAUUUUUUGGGCCUUCCUCUGACACCGCCUAGUAUAGAGGUCCUGGAUGGCAGGAAGCUUGGCCCCAGUGAUGUACUGGGCCGUACGCACGACCCUCUGUGGAUAUUCUAGUGUUUUCCAUGUUUAAGGAAAUAAGAGAUCGUAGAAUCUUUUGUAGACAGAACAUUUGUGAAAUGUGAUUUUUCCCACUGCCCAGUAUAUCCCAUUUAAAAUGCUGUCUAUCCAGGUUUCCAUUGUGCUUGGGGCAUGUCUACUGUUCUCAGUAUGUUUAUUUUGGUUAGCGCUUAGUGGUGAUCUGAAUAUCUUACUUAUUCCCUCUAGCUCCCAGUAGAGUAAAGGCUGUCGUCAAUGUUAACAUCUGACCAUGUAGAUAAGGAACUGGUAUGCUGUAUCCAUGGGCCUCAGCUUACCCCAGUGUCUCUCUCUCUCUCUCUCUCUCACCCCUGUCACCCUCCUCUCCCUCACUCUGUCAUGUCCCCACCCAGCCGGGUGACAGGUGACAUGGGAUGCAUCCCAAAUGGUACCCUAUUCCCUUUAUAGUGCACUACUUUUGAACAAGUUGUGCACUAUGGAGGGAAUAGGGAGCCAUUUGGGACACACUUAUAGCUGGCUGAUUACCCAGCAGCCUUAGCUGUAGUGUGUGACCUCUCUGUUUGUGUGUGUGUCUCUGACAUCACAGGGCCAUAGCGUUCCUGGAGGCCUUGGCGUGUAUAAAGUUUGGAAUGGAGCUGUUCUCCAAGACCCAGGUCCUCUAUGUGCUGGUGUGGCUUGUGUGUGUGGUAAGAACGGUCUUCACACAGCUCUCAUGUCACAAAAUUAUUUUUACUAUGUACAUAAACAAACCGGUCUCCAAACUGUUGUCCAGGUCUCUUGUGAAAGAGGAUCAUCUGGUCUCAAUGGGACUUUCUGGUUAGAUAAAGGUUGAGUAAAAGUUGCCAUGCCAUAAAUGUAUUUCACAGUUGUCAUGUAAUAAAAGUAUAUAUCACUAUUUAUGUUAGCAGACCAGUCCCUUUUAUAGUCAUAGUUAAUGUACCAUAAAUAGCUUAGUCAUUGGUAAGAGCACAUGACUGUUGGACCAACCUACCAAUGCUGUAGUUCUCCUAGUAUUUGACAUUAGAUGGUGAAAGGAUAAGUCUUCAGUACUGUGUUUGUCUUAGGCUACAACUUUAUCUAUGGAAUGUCAAUGUGUUUGCAGCUGAAAGGCUUUUCAUUUUGUGGCUGACAUGUUGAUUCUAUUAGGGACUACUUGACUGUGGUGUAUUCAGUCCAUUGCAUUCAGUACCCCCGCUAUGUAUUCACUUAUAUAGUUAUUGUCAAUGUAAAAAAUUGUAUUUUAUGUUUGACUGUUGUUUCAAAACCAAUUUCCCUCUAGGACGAUAAAGCUGAAAGUUGACCUUGAACUUACUGUGGCCUUAACUCUGUCUCUUCUCCUCCCAGGCCAUAAUCACAUUCCUGUGUCUGUAUGGGAUGGUGUGGUAUGCAGAGAUCUAUGGUCCCAAAGAGAAGGUAUGCCUACAUACCAGUCUAGAUAUGCACUACACUUCCUUGACUACAGUAUGGUCCUGCUGCAACCAUUCUCUGUAUACAUGCACCUUUAUUCAUCAUUAUUAUCACUUAGAACACAUCUCCCUGGAACUGUGACUGUCCCAGGCCAUGUAGAACACAUCUCCCUGGAACUGUGACUGUCCCAGGCCAUGUAGAACACAUCUCCCUGGAACUGUGACUGUCCCAGGCCAUGUAGAACACAUCUCCCUGGAACUGUGACUGUCCCAGGCCAUGUAGAACACAUCUCCCUGGAACUGUGACUGUCCCAGGCCAUGUAGAACACAUCUCCCUGGAACUGUGACUGUCCCAGGCCAUUUAGAACACAUCUCCCUGGAACUGUGACUGUCCCAGGCCAUUUAGAACACAUCUCCCUGGAACUGUGACUGUCCCAGGCCAUGUAGAACACAUCUCCCUGGAACUGUGACUGUCCCAGGCCAUUUAGAACACAUCUCCCUGGAACUGUGACUGUCCCAGGCCAUGUAGAACACAUCUCCCUGGAACUGUGACUGUCCCAGGCCAUUUAGAACACAUCUCCCUGGAACUGUGACUGUCCUAGGCCAUUUAGAACACAUCUCCCUGGAACUGUGACUGUCCCAGGCCAUUUAGAACACAUCUCCCUGGAACUGUGACUGUCCCAGGCCAUUUAGAACACAUCUCCCUGGAACUGUGACUGUCCCAGGCCAUUUAGAACACAUCUCCCUGGAACUGUGACUGUCCCAGGCCAUUUAGAACACAUCUCCCUGGAACUGUGAAUAACCCAGGCCAUGACAGGCAUUAGUAGUGUCUUCUAGUUGUCAUUGUUCAGCAGCUCUAUAUUCUGUAGAAACUGAAAAAGAGCACCACCAACUGGUGGACUCUGAUAGAGGUGCCUGUUUAGAUGUAUUGUAGGUGGAACUGUCCCGGUGUCCCUGUUAGAGGACGUAGAAUGACCAGCGGGAGACGGGGAUACAAUUCACACUUUAUUACCACACACCAGACCGACAUGUUACAUUACCACACAUGGCAAACAGGAAGAGGAGACUAGUAGUGGACGUGAAAGUGUUGUAGUGGUUUCCUGGAUUGGAAUAUAAAAAAAUGGUGAGCUCCAAAAGUAUUGGGACAGUGACACAUUUGUUGUUGUUUUGGCUCUGUACUGCAGUGCUUUGGAUUUUGAAAUGAUACAAUGACUAUGAGGUUAAAGUGCAGACUGUCAGCUUUAAUUUGAGGGUAUUUUCAUUGAUAUCGGGUGAACCGUUUAGAAAUUACAGCUCUUUUUGUACAUAGUCCCCCCCCCCAUUUUAGGGGAACAAAAGUAUUGGGACAAAUUCACUUAUGUUUAUUAAAGUAGUCCAAAGUUGAGCAUUUGGUCCUGUAUUCACAGCACGCAAUGACCACAUCAAGCUUGUAAAAAUGUAUGCACACAUGACUGUAAGUCGCUUUGGAUAAAAGCGUCUGCUAAAUGGCUUAUUAUUAUUUAUUAUUAUUUUUAUUGUGACUCUACAAAUUGGUUGGAUAUAUUUGCUGUUUGUUUUGGUUGUGUUUCAGAUUAUUCUGUGCCACUAUUAUUGUAAAUAAGAAUAGAAUAUGUUUCUAAACACUUCUACAUUAAUGUGGAUGCUACCAUGAUUAUGGAUAAUCCUGAAUGAAUCGAAAAAAAUAAUGAUGAGUGAGAAAGUUCCAGACGCCCGAGUGGCACAGGGUCUAAGGCACUGCAUCUCAGUACUAGAGGCGUCACUACAGGCCCCCUGGUUCGAUUCCAGGCUGUAUCACAACCAGCCGUGAUUGGGAGACCCAUAGGGCAGCGCACAAUUGGCCCAGCGUCGUCCGGGUUUGGCCGGUGUAGGCCGUCAUUGUAAAUAAGAAUAUGUUCUUAACUGACUUGCCUAGUUAAAUAAAGGUAAAAUUUAAAAAUAAUUUUAAAAAAUACCCCCAAGGCAUGCUAACCUCGCACCAUUACAAUAACAGACAGGGGGUUAGCAUUUUUAUUUGGGGGGGGAUAUUUGUGCAUCUUAGUUUGCUUAAUUACAUGAUUUAAGAACUCCUCUGCAAAAACGUUAACAUUUAUUACGGAUUUAUUGAGUCAUCUUAGAUUAAUUUGGACUAUUUUCAGGCAUCUUGCUACGGCAUCUCAAGUAGGACAAACAGUACUGUUGCCGCUUUUUUCUUGUUUUUCAAGUGUAAGUCUCGGCUAGGCGCCAGCCGAACCGAAGCAUGCUGCAGCCUUAAGUCCUAGGGCCAGAGAGGGGCUCUGAGCGAGAGGGGCUCUGAGCGAGAGGGGCUCUGAGAAGUACUCAUGGCCAACUGAAAGGGUUUUCUACAGAAACCAUGAUUUGUGUAGAAGGUCGUUUAACCCUCAUUUUACCAUGCUGUGAAUGGCAGUUUCCACACCUGUGUUUUAGAGUUACAACAUAAACUAGCUGACUGUAGUUUAGCCUUGUUCAUCUGUAGAGAAUAUGACAUGUCACAGCUCUUCCUCUGUAGAUUGUUUACCUUGUAUUCACUCCAAUUACUUUGGCUACGUUCCAAAUGGCACCCUAUUCCCUAUAUAGCCUAGUGCACUACUUUUCACCAGGACCCUAGUGCACUAUACAGUAUAGGGGGGAGGAUGCCAUUUGGGACGUAGCCUCUUGCCUGUGGCUGGAUCAGCUGGCUGUUGGCUGUGUAUCGUUCUCACAGCCAUAUGUUCAUGACAUGUCUGUUCUGACCCCCUCCUGUGUUUUACAGAGCUACUCUGAAUGUGAGGACAGCAACUACAAUGAGGACUUUGUGUCAGAACAAUGUAAAGGUAACUAUGGUGGCACUAUUCCUCCUCUACAGUCAAACACAUGCAGAUGAUUAUUAAUAUAAUAUGCCAUUUAGUUAUUUAUGCCUCCCAUUGUUGGGAAACUUGAGUUUCAUCCAAUCUGAGACUGGGAGGGUUGAGUGUAACUAUAGUUUGGUAGUAGUCUGACCUCUAGUGGUUUGAUUGGGGUACUUGCCUGUCUUACCCAGCAAUCCAAUGGAAACACCUCUACUUUCAACUAUGUUCAUCCAUCAAAAUGUGUCAUCCAUUAGAGAUGUCAAAUUGUUCAACACAGACACAAUAUGAACAUUAAAACAAUGAGAAUCUUUCCCUCACUCACUCUGUUCUUUGGCUAUGCCUGUUUGUUGCGUGUGACUUUAUGAUGGUGCUCUGUCCGUAUAUUUAGACGUCUUGGCUGCGUCUCAAAUGGCAUCCUCUUCCCUAUAUAGUGCGCUACCCAAAGGGCUCUGGUUAAAAGUGGUGCACUGUAUAGGGAAUAGGGUGCCAUUUGGGACGCAGACCAUAUCUUUAGACCUGUUUUUAUAUUGUAUGACAUCACAUUUUCUGUGUUUCUGCGUAUGUACCAAGAUGAUGUUCUAAUAAAUCUAAACCUAAUCCUAAACUUAAACCUUGCAGGAGAACUGCAUUCUGAGGGUGAGACUCCUCCCACCCGGCGGCGGGGGCGGAGCUCAGGGAAGAACAAAUCCACCAAUGGGCUGAGGAAGAAGUAAUGCAAGGCCUGCCAUCCAUGGUGGAGUCCCGCCCUCUUCUCCUCUCUGAACCCCAGACCACGGAGGAAGAGGUGCAUGUUGGGAGAGGCGGAAGAGAAGCGGGACUGAGAGAAAGAAAGGAAAGAUGCAAACACUUUCCCUGUUCAACAUUUAACGUACGGAGAACCACCCAUCCAUAAGAGGGGAGAGUGUGGGCCCAGCUUAGAGGCAUGGUCAGUGGACAGGAUAGACAGACACCAUGUCCAUGCAGGGAAGGAAAGAGGGGAGCGUGGGCUAUAGAUCAGAUACCUACUGGUGGCUCACACGGUCAGAGCUCCUACCUACCCUACUGCUGAUCAGUGUGUGUGUGUCUGCGUAAGCGUGUGUGUGUGUGUGUGUGUGAUGGCAAUAUUGCUUAUCCUCAGUCAGAACAGAAGAAUGCAUGUUACAUUGUACAGGAGUUGGUAAACUACUGUGAUUGGAGAACUACAUUUAUCCUAUACGACAUUCAUGUGCUUCAGCCCAUAGAAUUAGGAAUUAUAAUACUAGAAUGGACAUGAACCUUCUUAUGAUGGUAUGAAGGUUGUCAGCCAUUUUGGUCAGGGAGUUGGUCA